CAAAAUUCAACGCGCACCACUUGUCAACAUUUCUCCUCACCUGCGCUGUCAAUCGCCCACAACCACCACGCCACCCGCGAAGCAUCCACGCUUCAUGCGAUUCCUCCAACACGUCUGAAAGUCCAUCGACGCGUCGAGAGCAGAUAUCAGUAAGUUUGGAGAUUGAUGUUCACCUUCACCCCCAUAUCCACAAGUACCGGCGAGCAACUCAGCCUCCGCUCCACCUCCACUGCCGUGAGCAGCCUUGGGUGAUUGCUGGUGUGUCCAUGUACAGCAACUCUUCACCCCAGCGCUUCAUCUUCGUCCAGCCGACUGAUAUUUCAAUAUAUCUCGUCUAUUGAGGGGCAUUCCAUAUUCUGACACUCCUACUCUAGAGACUACCCAAACGUCGUCCGGCUUGGGCCACUAUCACGCGCCAAUAUGGUAUGUUUUUUCUUCUGCUUGGACAGAAUACACCCUAAGCGCAUGACGACUAAUCUUCCCAGGUGCUCUACAAGCGGAAACCGGUGCCGUAUGCGAAAAAUCCCAAGAUUGAAAAUGAGGAUCAGGAGGUAAAGACAGACCUUGUUUGGCCGACUUGACCAAACUCCCACUGACGCCCAUGACAGGUUUGGUUGGUUCCCCAGACGGGCGAGAUUUUUAUCGACUAUGAAGCCUAUCUGGCCCGGUAUGCGCCCAAGUCAUUUAUGUAGCACUAGUAUACUAAUCUUCACUUUAGGAUGGACUUUUACAAGCAGGUUCGAAAUCAAUAUAACAAAUAGGCUGAAACUACCACUGACAUCCUACAGCGCAAGUUCAUCUGCCCGAUCACUGGCCACUCUCAACUUUCAUUCUUUGAGGCGCUUAAGAGCGAGGUGAGGAUUUAGAGAAGUUCGGUCGCAUACCAGAUACUAACCAAUCUUUAGCUAGCAGGAGCAGAAGAAGUCGAACAGGCAUUCCCAGAAGCCCUCAAAGGUCCAAUCUUACGUCGAGUCCAAUUUCAAACUAUAUCCCGAAUCGAUACGCUAGUAGAUUUGAUUUACGAUGAAUUCAAGGCCGAUUAUUAUCCUGGAGAGGCUGUGAUGGUACAUGUGGUUACGGGCGAAAGGCUUAAAGGCAUUGUGAGAGAUAAGACGCGAUUUGGAAGCAAGGUCAUGCCAGAUGGGACAGUCAGCCCGCCAUUCUCACGGUAUUUCGUCAGCCUCGAUAAUCGGCCUAAUGAAGAAGCAGUGGUGGAUGAUCAGCAUAUUAUUCGGGACCGAAAGAUCUUCACAAAACAAGUUUUGCGAUCAUUUAUCAAGAAAACCGUUGAAAGAGAGGCAUGGACUGGGGCGCCUUGGUUGGUGAAGGAGAAGGUAGCGAAUCUCUGGCACAUCGAUACUCGCAUUCCCCCACACCUUCGACAGGAGAGCAAAAUCGCGGAGAGAAAGCAGAAUCAGGCGCAAAAGAGAAGCGGCCCGGACUAUGAUGGAAUGGCUGGAAGUUUUCAGGGAAAUGCUGGUCAACAAGCUCGACUACCAGAAUUGAAGCCGGCACCCAAGAGUCAUAAGAGCAAAGCACAGCAAUCUCAAAUCAAGAGUAAGCAGCAGCCAUCUUUGAAUCCUGCUCCUGCCCAACCGAUUCCCAACCUAAACCCCAAUCCAGCUCUUCCAGUUCUGAACCAAGGAAUCCCUCCUCAAUUCGCACCUCCUCCACCCUUUGUCUCUCACACCUUUCCCGCGGGGGCACCUUCUCAAGCUGGACCUCAUUACGCCAACUUUCAGAACAACACACCGUUUGGAUUUGCACCCUUAGCAGCAUUACCACAGCCUCCACCACCACCACCACCGCCUAAAUAUCCUAUUGAGGAUUUAAAACUUUCACCACGACCUGACGCUCCAAAACGCCCCCCCUUGAAAUUUUUCUCUCAAGAUUCGCCAUCGGGUGUUAUUCGGAAAGGAAAUGGAAUCAGAAUGAAGUCUGUCGGCGCCUUUCUCGAAGCUUGGAACACGUUGAACGUAUACUGCACCGUAUUCAAAUUAGAUUCUUUUACGUUUGAUGAUUUCGUUGAGGCGAUGCAAUUUUCCUCAGAAGACGUUGAUUGUGAGCUUUUCGUGGAGAUUCAUUGCGCGGUGUUGAAAGUGCUCGUUGAUUCCGAAGCGGAAGGUGGUGAGAUCAAUGUUGAACUCCCACAAAUGAAGGUUGAAGGUGAAGAGGAUGAGGAUGAAGAACCUACUUCUGAAGCAGAACCAUCGCCGCAACCCGAGAUCAAACCCAGAGGACGCGCAACUAGAAGCAGUUUGGCCAAAGCAGAGGCUGAAGCCGCUGAAGCAGCUAGAUUGGAAGCAGAGGCAAAUCCGGAACCUGCCGAAGAGGAAGUCAAAAUCCUCCAUCGUGCAGCUGAUAUGCAGGUAGAGGUUAAUUGGAUUGACCGCUUGAGAAAGAGAGAUUUCAAAAAUGGGGGCUGGGAAAUCAUCGUAGUUGGAUUGCUUCAUCAACUUUCCAAAGGAGCACGUGCCCAGGGACAAUACGACACCUUGCUAGAACACUUGGCACCAUUGAACCUGGAACCAACUCCUGAGACUGCGCGCGCGCAAUACGCCAAACUCGACAUUAAUGAACGAAUCUCGAUUCUCCAGACUUUGUGCCUACUCACCGCUGAAACUAAAGGUGUACGUGGGUACAUGGAGGAAAAUAGUGAGGUUAUGACCGACAUUCGCAAACAAAAGAUCACCUUCCAGAGAGAGCGAAAGCAACUGUAAGUUUGAGAUUAGCUGUAGUGGUCAGGUCAUUCUAACAAGCGCAGUAUGGAAGAAUUACGACUUCUUAACGAGGAGAGAAAAAUUCAACUUCCCACAAAUAUGCCACCAUCUCCCGUCCAAGAGCCCAAGACUAUCAGCAAUGGCGAUACGGCAAUGACAGGCGUUGAGGAAGAAAUCCAAGAUUCAGUCGAGGAUGAAAUGAACACUGACGACGACCCAUCCCAAAUAGGUCGCUCUCUCCGCCGUGGUAUUGAUCGAGAGAAUGAAAGAAAGCGAAAGCGUGAGGCCGAACAGGAAAAGAAAGAGAGAGCCGAAGCCGAGGCGAAAAUGCCCAAGCAAUCCAAGCAAUUCACGAAACUCUUGAAAGACAUUAAGAAGAAAGAAGACGCAAUUCGAGAGGCUGAGGAAAAAAUCACAGACCUGGAAAACGACUUGCGAGAAGCGGAUUGCCCCAGAACAAAGGUACUCGGUAAAGAUAGGUUCUGGAAUCGUUAUUACUGGUUUGAGCGCAAUGGAAUGCCGUUUGAGGGUCUCCCAGAGACAUCCACUGAUAAAGCCGGAUAUGCAAAUGGUUGCAUCUGGGUGCAAGGGCCUGAUGAUAUGGAGCGGCUUGGUUACAUCGAGAUGAAAGAAGAAUGGCAGAAGGAGUACGUGUCCAUGUUCAAUAUGAGCGUACCAGAACGCAAGGUGCUUGAGGAGGGCUCUACAAAUGUUUUCAACGCACGGCAGUGGGGCUAUUACGAAGAUCCGCAAGCAGUCGAUGGACUGAUCAAGUGGCUCGAUGUUCGUGGCAUCAAUGAAGUCAAACUAAGCAAGGAGCUGAAAAGCUACCGCGAUAGAAUUGUCAAACAUAUGGAGAUGCGUAAGGAAUACUUGAACCCAUCAGAAGAAGAGUCUGUGGAAUCUGAUAACAAACGCACUUCGACUCGGAAGAAGGAGGUACACGCCGAUCACUCUACACAUCGCUGCCUGUCUUGGUACAAUAGUAUGGCAAUGAAGGAAUUGGGACACUUGCACUCGGAACAACCACGAUCACGAAAGCCAACCAAGAAGGUUGUCCCGCCACCAGUGGAGGAAGAGCGUCAAACUAGGGGUGAAGCGAAGGGAAAGGGCAAGAAAAAACGGGCGCUAGAUGAUUAAGAAUGAUAUAAUGAACUCCUGACGGCAGUUGGGAUUGAAAUGGUCCAAGCCGGUGUGGGAAUACUUUUUUUCACUUGUGUGAUCGGUUGCAUUUUGCCGGGUGGUUUUUUUUCGAUGAUUUUAUUUUCUACCUUCAAUGCAUUGCGUGAAGCGUGGUGUACCGGGCUGGGGUAUGGCGUUAAUACUUUUCGGGGCCUCUUUGGCGAGGCAUGGAGUACGAGAAAACACGGAUACGUUUGUAUGCAUUUACUUCUUCCACUUCUCAUUGCGAGUUGGGAGGGAGUAAGAUAUAGCAGAAAAGAGAAGAUAUUGGGGGUGGAUCUUUGUAGAUAGUAUUUAUUGUUAACGUUAACCGCCUCGUGCGUUUAUAGAAGCGAGAAAUUCAAUAAAAACGCGUAAAAUAA